AUGGGAGCAUUUUAAAUAGCCCUUAUUUCAAUCAUAGUUUUUAGUUCCAUUCAAUUUGUUUAAUAUGUCCUUAUUAUCACUGCUUAUUUGCUACUUAUUCAAAAUUAAGUCCCAUAUUUAAAGACUAAAUUCUUAUUAACGACAUUAGUGGCAUUACAAAACAUUGGUAUGAUGUUAGUUAAUGAACAUUAAAAAAAUUAGAAAAUUGUUAAUGAUACAACUUGUACUAUUUAAGUAUUAUUAUAAAGAUUAUAUUUUAGGCAUUAAUUAUUCAUGGCACUUAAUUAUCAAUUUAUACAUUGUUUUUAUGUUUAAUAUAUUCGAAAUGUAGAAAAGAAUUGAAUGAAAGUUCAAUAAUAAAUAUGACAUUAGUAACUCUAUCUUUGAUGAUAAUGUAAAUAAAAAGAAAUCAUUUAAUCAAGUCCCCUCAUAAUGUAUCAAACUCGACCAGGUGAACUUUUAUGUGAGUUUGAUCAACCAACAAAAGUUAUUCUUAGCACUAUCUGUAGUUACAUAAUAUUAGUUGUUGUAUUGGUUUCUCCAUUGCUUUCAAUAAAUAAAAUUGACACCCAGUUGAAUAAGUUUAUUAUAAUUUUUACAAUUACUCAAGUAGUUGAAGUAAUAAAAAAUACGAUAGAUAUAAGCGAAUUGGAAUGUAAAUAAUAGAUUGAUUUAUAAAAGUGGUUGGAUUAUUUGUUAUUUAGAUUAGAAAUUUCUUAUUUAUGCUAUUUUUUUAGAUUGAAACAAAAGAUGCAUUAUUUGAUUAUUGUGGAAUGACAAAAAAGACAAAAAAACACAAAUCAAGUUUAACAAGAUAAGAAGAAUGUAUUCCAGUAAAGGAAAAUGAAAUGAUAUAUAAAAAUUGA